AUGCCCGGAAUACGGCAUGAGACAAGAGGUGUUUGGAUUCGGGAACUUACAAAUCGACAAAUCACAUUUAAAACGCUGAACUCGCCGCUGUCCAUCGACGAUCUCUCGAAUUCCCUCGUCGGACCGAAGCUUCACAUAUUCUCAUUUGCCGAGCUCCGGACCAUUACCCACAAUUUCGCCGCCGCCAAUUUGCUCGGAGAAGGCGGGUUCGGUCCGGUCUACAAAGGCUUCGUCGACGAUAAGAUCAAACCCGGUUUAGAACCUCAGCCGGUCGCCGUCAAGUUGCUCGACCUCGACGGAUCUCAAGGCCAUAAAGAAUGGCUGGCAGAGGUGAUAAUUCUGGGGCAAAUGAGGCAUCAAAAUCUGGUAAAACUAAUCGGUUACUGCUGGGAAAAAGAAUACAGACUUUUGGUUUAUGAGUAUAUGGCCAGAGGCAGUUUAGAGAACCAGCUCUUCAGAAAAUAUUCAGCUGCGCUGCCUUGGUCAACGAGGAUGAAAAUUGCUUUAGAAGCAGCCAAAGGCCUUCAAUUCCUCCACGAAGCCGAUCCCCCCGUUAUAUUUAGAGAUUUCAAAACCUCCAAUAUUCUCUUGGAUUCUGAUUAUACUACAAAGUUGUCGGACCUUGGGCUAGCUAAAGAUGGGGUGGAUUGCGAAGACUUACAAGAUAUGUCUUGUAUUAUGGGGACUCAAGGUUACGCCGCUCCAGAAUACGUCAAAUCUGGACAUUUGACGACGAUGAGUGACGUGUACAGCUACGGCGUGGUGCUGCUGGAGCUGCUGACGGGGAAGCCGUCGAUGGACCGGAAGACGGGGGAGUUUCUAGUGGACUGGGCGAGGCCGCUUCUCAAGGACUCGAGACGCCUCUUCCGAGUCAUGGACCCGCGGCUCGAGGGGCUCUACUCCGCCGACGCCGCCCGCAAGGCCGCCGCCUUGGCCUACAAAUGCUUGAGCCGGACCCCCAAGCGCCGCCCGCCCGUCACAGAAGUCGUUAACGCGUUGAAGUGUCUGCAGGACUUUAACGACGUCUUCACGGCGCCGUUUGUGUACGUGGUGGAGGACUGCGCCGGGGAGGAAGGGAAGAAGGGGAGAAAUGAGAGGGUUAUUGAAGGAAGUGGGCUUGGGCUGGGCCUUAGUUGGAAAAAUUGGAGGCCCAUAUCUGUAUGAUAAGGAAAAGAUUUUUAGAAAAUGAAUGGGAUAAAAUAAAUCCCUAUAAAUUUAGUUUUUCUUUUUUUUUUUAAAGCCUUCUUCUCUACCGUGAUAGGAAUCAUGAGGUGGUGGAAGAAGGUUUUUGAGAAAUGUAUGGUAUACUUGUAGAUAACAUUGUUAGUAUAUACACCAUGUAAGUUGUGCGUAUUUGAAUAGAAAAUGUAAUAGAGAAAAUUUAUAUUUUUUAGUCGAGUCAA